UCGCGAAGCCCAGAUUCCGGACGGAACGACACCCUGCGGUAGCCGCCGGAGGAGCCGCAAUAUCUCGGAUAUCUCGUCGACGAAUCUCUCAUCUCGUGGGUGAAACGCGUUAAACGCGUUAAACGUUCGGCUAUCGGCUUCGUAAACGGUCUAGCUAGCGCGCGAGAUCGACAUUGGUGAAUUAAAUCUGGUCCAGGGACGACGAGAGUUUUGUCAGGAGUGUGCGAGAGUCUCGCGCGCGCGACAGCCGAUCGAUAGCGCCGAAAAGCGGGUGGAAAGAGCGCGACUCGAUCCUUGCCGAAACGCGGUCCAGAGAAUGCGAGAAUCGUUCAGGGAUACACUCGGUACGAUAUCUCUCCCUCUCGUCUCCGUACGUUGAUUACACAUAUGUGAUCGCGAUGCACGCGAUGUACGCGCGCACGCGUGUGUGUCUACGCACAGGCGGGAUGGCAUGACGCGACCUAACAAUUUGCGUGCAAAAUUCCAAAAGGUGUCUGGACUUUCGACGGAUUCUCUCGAGAAUGGAGACGGGGCGAUACUAUCGAGGGGCUCCGUGCUAAAGUUAAAGUUCGAUCGACGCAGUUCGAUCGAGUUGUUUCUCUUUUGAAGAUACCGUCUUCUCCGCUGGCACUUUAUACCAAUCAACGUUUGUCGUGCGAGCGCAUAGUUAGUGUGCCUGAGAAAUUCUUAGACGCAAUAAACUCGUUCGAUACUCCGUUAGACAGACGUACGGAUAAACCUUUCUCAAUAGACUGUGGUAGCAUUUAUCGCGUGUCAGGUAUUUGACGAGGAAAAUUCAUGCACCGAUCAUUGUCCGUGGCUCUCUCGUCAAUGUGACAUGUAUGCUGGCGAAAAAGUCGUUUGAUCACCAUCGGAAUUUUGGAUGGUGAACCGGAAGCGGAACGAAAGGGCCUCCAUCAAAAUCUUAUAGACAAUGGAAGCUGAUCAUCACCGGAAAGAUCCAUGAUGUUCAAAUUCAUCGUUAUAUAUAUCGUCGCAAAUUUCUCAUCAUCGAUCACGUUUUUGGAUGACGCCGCCCGCUUUCAACGUUCUCUCAAAAAUAAAUCCACGAAAAAUAACGAUACUCGUAAAAUCAUGUCUAAUAUUACGCAAAGACAGAGUAUGCAAUAUUGUGCGUGACCUUAUCAGGAACUAUUGAACGGUCGAUUUAACAAAAUCGUAGAGUAAUGAUUAGAGAUAUACGACUGAGGCUGGCGAACCCCACCGCGGAUUACAAUCAGGCAAUUUGCACGUGUGGUCGUCGGCACGUGUCUAUACAUGGCGGUGGUGGCGGAUUUCUGCUUCGAUUCUUUUUGAUUUUCUGUUGCGUCACGAUAACCUGCAGUCACAAGGAUAAAACAUCACGUGGAAUCAAGGAUUUGCAGAUAGCCUUGAAUGGUUCGCCCCGUUUGAUGGGCCACUGUGACUUGGAGACAGACUGGUCCUGCGACUGGUUUUGGCAACCACCAUCUACGAAUGAGCAAUCUACGAAUCCUAUCUUUAAGAAAGUUACAUCAGCAUCCGGCAAUCUGUCAAAAUAUUUUCCGACCUCGAAUGCCAAUAACUCCACAAACGGUUAUUUUUUGUGGUUCAACGGUCCGGGAGAUGCUCAAAUAUGGUCGAAGAUAAUUUUUCGCACGGGCCCGCGUUGCCACGUCCAAUUCUGGCUUUAUCAGGUGGAAAUGGAAUCCGGAUUCAUAAAUAUUAUCAUACAAACUAACAAUGUGAGCUCAAUCGCAUACUCAAAACAUGGGAAUAAUUAUGUUGAAUGGCAAAAAAUGAGUUACGAGUUACGCGCAGUCGAUCAACCUUAUCAAUUAAUAAUAGAAGUAUACGCGCCCUACUCCAACUCGAGCGUCGGUGUUGACAAUAUUCGUCUAGUCAAUUGUUUUCCAGAAUCUGUGCCGAUCGGUGCCCCUUGUACGAAGGAUAUGUUUCGAUGUAACGACGAUUUCUGCUUGAAUAGGACUCGUAUCUGUGACUUCACAAAGGAUUGCGCCGAUGGUGAAGAUGAAACGCUCGAGUGCGACAAAAUACCCAAGAACGCAAGAUGUAACUUUGAAAACGGUUGGUGUGGAUGGACAAAUGUUCCUGGAAGACCUUUAAAUUGGACUCUUCAUAAAGGUGCCACGCCGUCUGUAAGAACUGGACCUAAUUACGAUCAUACUUAUCGCAAUGCAACAGGAACUUAUGUGUACGUGAAUAUGGCGACUAAAAAUGCAUUUGGCAUGAAUAUUGAAUAUGGUAGUCGAGGCACUAUCGAAAGUCCUUUAUAUAAUCCGACACCACCUUAUAGCAACGAUCCAAAAAGCCUUUAUUAUCAAUCGUGUCAAAUACGCUUUUUCUAUCACAAAUACGGUACACAUAGCGGAGCUCUUGGACUGUUUUUGGUUGAAAUAAAACCAUAUGGAAAUAGCACCACCCAAUUGUGGUGGUCUUACAAAAUUAAUAGCGAUAUUUGGAACUAUGAAGUAGUUGCCCUACCUGACAUAAGAUAUAGGUAUGUUUUGCAAUUUGAGGCGUCCAGAGGGAUUUCUGCGAAAGGUGAUAUAGCAGUAGACGAUAUUUCCUUAAGUCCGGAGUGUUUUGCCAUUGGAGUUCCACCGGAAGUUGUAGGCAACUUUGAUUAUUACAAACCCGAUAUUGAAUCCGAAAAAGUACCACUGCAGCAUCCGGAUUUCAUAAAUAAGACUAAAGUCAUCCGGAUUACCACUUGCGGAGCUACUGGCAGAAAAGGCCCUACUAUCGAGGAAUGCGCCGAGGAACAUAAUGACACUAAUGUAGAAUUGAUCGUGCGAUCGUCAGAUCAGGAGAAUACAGCACCGAUCUUUAAUUCCAAUGGAACUCAAUGGUGGACUGCACCACGCGGUGAAUACUACACUUUAAUCAGCCGUGGAGCACGAGGAGGAAAGGGCUCCGACGGUAAGGGUUACGCUUUAGGUGCUCUUGUUCGCGGUGUGAUAGAACUCCAAAAAGGUGACCAAUUAUAUUUCAUAGUAGGUCAAGAGGGAACAGACGCGUGUCCCAAAAAUCUCGGCAUGAAGACAGUCAAUUGUCAAUCGCCGGGUCAAUCGCACGAGUCAUCAGCGUCACAUGGCAUCUCGUCAAAAGUGCGAGAAGUGAAAAAAAUCGAAUUUAAGAAUGGUGGUGGUGGUGGCGGUGGUGCGACAGUCAUCUUUUUGCUAGAAGCCAAUGGUGAACCGAAACCUAUCUUAAUCGCGAGUGGUGGCGGUGGUUUGGGACUGGGUCUUUCUACGGAUAACAACACGGACGGAUUACAACACGGACGUGGUCCCUUUCCCGCAAAUAAACUUCCAUCUUCUCCAUCCGUUGCUUCAAAGGGUAUAGGCGGACCUGGUGGCAGUUGGAACAGUUUGUGGAAUGAUUCCAAUCAACAAAACCCUGCGGGAAUGCCAUUGAUUCAUGGAGGUUUGGGAGGAUUUGGUUGCGAAUCUGGAGACCAAGGUUACGGUAAUGGAGGUUUCGGUGGAGGUGGGGGCGGUUGUCAAACAGGAGGCGGCGGUGGUGGUUAUAUUGGCGGUAAUGCCGGAUAUAAAGAUUCUGGGAAUGGCGAGGGUGGUUAUUCGUAUGCCAAUCCGAAUAAGCUGACUGACGUUUACUUUAAAGCUGCAGUUCAUUAUGGCUCGGGCGAAAUUCUCAUCAUACCUGCGAUCAGCGGCUGUGGUUGUGAUUAUCGUUGCGUCGCACUAGAUCAGUAUUUGAAUAAAACCAAGUGUCUCUGUCCUCAGGGUUGGUUGCUCAGCAACGAUUCUAAAUCGUGUAUUAUGACCGAUGAUUUUAAGGAUGCACACCAACCGUACCUAAUCCCACUUAUAGCCGUAAUUAUUGGUCUACUCGUCAUUAUCGGAAUUUGCCUAAUCUCUUAUAAACGGUACAAAAGCCAACAAGAGCUUUUGCAUCGCCGUCAAGUGAUGUUUGGUAACGGCACAGAAUUAACCGCACUACGUGCAGUAUCGGAUACAAUGAUGACUGAAUUCAAUCCCAACUAUGAAUUCGCUGGCAAUCUGUAUAGCUUUAAAGACUUACCGCAAAUACCCCGGGAUAAUAUAACUUUAGUAAAACCUCUUGGUCAAGGCGCUUUUGGCGAAGUUUUCCAAGGGGUAUACAAAUAUAGACGUGGCGAAGAACACCCUGUUGCUGUAAAAACGCUGCCAUCUUUAUCCACCACACAAGCAGAAGCUGAUUUCAUGAUGGAGGCAUUAAUAAUGAGCAAAUUUAAUCAUCCCAAUAUAGUACACUUUAUCGGUGUCUCUUUUGAUAAACAUCCGAGAUACAUCGUUCUCGAAUUAUUAGCCGGAGGAGAUCUCAAGAAUUUUCUACGCGAAGAAAGGCCUCGACCAGAUCGACCUACAUCAUUAACAAUGCUGGAUCUCAUCAUGUGCGGCUAUGAUGUCGCAAACGGUUGUAAAUAUAUGGAAGAAGCGCGUUUUAUACACCGAGAUAUUGCCGCUAGGAAUUGCUUAUUGACUACUAAAGCACCAGGGCGUACCGUUAAGAUCGCCGACUUCGGUAUGGCCAGAGAUAUUUAUCGAAGUGAUUAUUAUAGGAAAGGUGGUAAAGCGAUGCUGCCCAUAAAGUGGAUGCCACCUGAGAGCUUUUUGGAUGGUAUAUUCACUACGAAAACCGACGUCUGGGCCUUUGGUGUGCUUUUAUGGGAGAUUAUGUCAUUUGGAUACAUGCCCUAUACCGGUUGCGCAAAUCGCGAAGUCAUGUCGAUGGUAACAUCUGGUGGCCGCCUAGAAAAACCUGCAGGAUGCCCAGAUCCUAUUUACGGGAUUAUGACGCGAUGCUGGCAUCCACAGCCCGAUGACAGGCCAAGUUUUUCCACCAUCGCUGAAAGGAUUGGUUAUUGUUUGCAGGAUCCAGACGUAAUAAACCAUCCCACGCCUAAUUUUGAUAUAUUGCCGAUCUGCGAUCGUGAAAUAACGAUUAUGAGACCGGAUCCGGAAGCGGAAUGCAUUAAUGUACAAUCUGAUUUGGAUGGAUGCGGUUACAUGCAACCGAGAAUCAUCGAUCCUCGUUCCGUGGCACGUCGCGUAGGUCAAGCUGUACGUGGCACCGGCUAUAAUUCGGAAAACGAAAAAUUAAAUAGAAAUUGCAAACCGCACGGCGGAAUUUUUCCACGACCGGCAGAAUAUCGACAAGGAACAUUCAGUUGCAAUACGUAUGACUCUAGCACGGAUACUUUUGAGCAAACUUAUAGCGGUGACAACAAUCAUGACGAUGAUCGUGACGACGAGAUGAUGGGAGAUUGCAAGGACAAGUACAGGAUCGCCCGAUCGGAUCAGCGGGAUAACAAGAUAAUACAUCGAAUCAGCAACAUCGAAGACCGCGAUAACGCAGACAACGGUAAUAACCGUCCAGAGAAAGAAUGUCAUUUGGCUGCCAAUAUCGAUAGCGCGAUAACGGAUCGCAGAAAUGGCAAUGAGAGUACAACGACUACCGAUACGAAUUCCGACUCUUUGAUAGCGCAAUCCUCGGACACCCCGCUCGACACGACAACCACCAAUUCGUCGCCCAAUACGCGCGCUUGUUCACCGAGUCGUAUUACCACUUUCAACGUCAACAAUGUCAACGGUAUGGUGAAAAAGAAUACCCUGAAAGCGACAUUAAGUUUGGAUCCGAGCGCUCUUUGCAGAGGCACCAUGCCUUACGAGAAGAUUACAACGCGAACGCAACGUUCGAGCACACCGGGCAGUAUGGAGCUAAGGAAGGAUUCCCUGGGUCACGAACUACCGAGAGAGGAGGAGUGCUCCUGCUGAGAUUUAUCCGAGGGGGGUUGACGAGGCUGCUCAAAGGCCGCGAUCGCGGCCGCUUGCCGGCUGCAACUGCAAAGAUCGGCCACGACGACUGCGGUUACGAUGGACCCGCAGCUCGUAGAACUCUCCUCGCCUACAUGGACCCAUGACAAUGAAUACUCGCGUCGUUUCUAUUCCGAGGAGACCCUCCUGUGAAUAGAAAUCACGCUCGAAAAUGGACGGAUGCUUCUUUGACGCAAACCGAAGCUAGUUUGCAUAGAAAAAAAGACUAAUUGUAAGUCGGCAGGAGAGAUUGUUAAACGAAUGUAGACCAGACGUAUGUAUGCAAGAGAAACGACGAAAAAAAAAUACCAAAUACACGUAACAUAUUCAAACCACAUAAAACGACGAGCUAGCUUAUUGAGAGAAAUUUUAAUAACGAGAUGAGACGGGAAGAAAUUUAUAUAAAUUUAUCGGAUAUAAUUACUCGUUAAAUUAAGAUAUUUGAGCGCGAAUUAAUCGGAGGAAGAACUCAACUUUGUGAAAAAUGCGAAUGUUUAUGUAUGUGUGUACUUUGAAACCGCAGAUAAAAAUAAACAGCCUUCGGAUAAAUAGCAUUUAUUCGAGUAUCUAACAUUAAUCGAAAUAAUCUGUAAAGUUUAUGUAACCGGUUUUUAAUUUUACGCGAAGAAAAAAAGAUCUUUUUCUUACGAUGUAUAUAUACUCGACAUUUAAAGAUGUAUUAUAAUAAAUAAACGCGAAUAGUUUUGAGAGUAAAGUAUCUCUGAUUGGAAACAGGCGGUUGUCAUCUAUAUGUUUAAUCGGUAAGAAUAGCAAUGGGAUCGAUUCGAAUUCGGAUCCGUCACGUGACUGUUGAGUAAAGUGUAAUAUAUAUCGUAAUAUGUAAAAGUCGAUGUAAAAGUCUCCGUAGGCUGAUAGUCUACUUCAUGAUUCAUCUUUAACCAAAUAAGCAACGACAUAACUCGAUUUUCGUCGGUACACUAUCCCUAUUGUAAAACGGACAACAUUUUGAGUGCAUCUUGGAAAGAGGGGAAUAAAAAGAGCACGAGCCCUUUUUUAUUUUUCUUACAAUGACGACGUACUUUACGUACGCGUAGCGUAUGAAAGUCAGUUACUAUGUAUCUAUACGUGAAACGUAAUAAAGGCGUUUAUGAACUGUA